GCGGGGGAAGAGGCGGAGUUGGGACGAUUUGAAAGUUGCGUCGCUCGUUUCGCUCGCGGGUCUCGGUCACUGUCCCCGCCGCCUCCUUGAGCCUCUCUCCCCGCCUGUGGCGCGCCUAUGCCGGCCGCACCCCGCGCCCGAGACCCGCUGCAGCUGCCGGGGAGAGUUUCCGCGGCCGGGGCUCCAGCCCUCGCUGCCAGUCCACACAGGUUGUUCAGAGGAAGAUGGGAGGGGUUGAGCGACUGAACAUUCCGAUAUCACAGCCGUGCUACGCCACUGCCAAGAGAAAUGAGCACUUGACCAAUGACCACCAGAACGGCAGAGAUGACGACCUCAACCACGUGAAGAUGGCGCACAAGAAAGGCGAGAAGGCUCACGGAUGCUGUUCGUUCAUGACCGACGUGUAUCGGGUCGCUCAGAAGGAAGCAAAGAAUGUUAUGCACUUUACCAAUAGUCAGAGCUGGGAGGCCGUUGUGAGCAGCUCGGGUGCACUACUCCGGUCACAGUGUGACCAGCACUACGCUGGAGCCAAGUUCAGUGAGCCACCAUCACCAAGUGUGUUACCCAAACCACCAAGCCACUGGGUACAUAUCCCCCUGGACCCUUCUGACCACAGUGACAUGGCCUUUCAAUUGAAGACCUUACUUAAAGUGCAAGCAUAGACUGUAGCUCAAAUGUGGGGUUUGUCCAGGGCUGGCAUUCUUGUUUUUGUGUUUAAUUCCAUCUUUCAGUAGAGUUUAAAAUGUUCAGCCACACGCUGCCUUUAAUUACCCACCCAGGGUGUUUACUUGCUGAGUGUACAUUGGCCCAGCUUGGUGAGGUUUGGUGCCGUUGUGCACCUUGGACUUAGUAUUGCAUAAGUGAACUUGUUUUCUCAUCCAGCUUUGCCUGCCUUUCCCUCUUCUUCCUUAAAGAGGAAAUAGCUGAGUUCUGUGUCUGAGUCUCCCAUUGCUGGGCAUGUUCCUAUGUGCAAUGAAGUUGGU